AUGAGUUCCAAACACGACGCAAUUGAAGCUCAAUCGAAAGCUAUACGUGAUGAACGACGAAAAGAAGAAGAUGAAGCUCGUGGUACACGAUUCGGUCAACAAAUUCUCGACACAGAAGUCUACGAAGAUGAUGGUCGUAGUAGCUAUUUGAAUUAUUUACCUAAAGGAAACGAUGAAGACGAUGAAGAGGAAAACUAUCAAACAUCGUUGUCAAACAUGAAAUUGAAACAGUAUGGACCAUCUGCUGAUAUCCGACAAAAUAUUCCAAACGUCGAUAAGAACUACGAUCCAUUAGCAGAAUAUCGUCGACCAACAAUAGCUGAUCGAGAAAAUGAAUACCAAAAGAAACGACGUAUGCAACCGGGAAUGAUUUCACCUGAACGAUUGGAUUAUUUCGCUGAUGGCGGCAAAACACCUGAUCCACAAGCGAAAGGUCGUGGCUAUGCAGACAUCAUGGGAGAAAUGGCUCUACGAAAUGCGAAGGCGGAUACACGCAAUCAAAUUGCAGACAAACUGAAAGCAGCCGAAGGUCAGAGCGGUGCCGGAGCAAAUGGAAGUGCAAGUGCAUCCGGAGAAAAGCGCCGACGACGAUGGGAUCAAACGGCUCCAGCGGAUGAUAAUGAUCCUAAAGCGAAGAAAACUGCCUAUGAUGAAGCCGUAACACCAGCUCAUCGAAUGUGGGAUGCAACGCCAGCUCCUGGCCAAUCAUCGUUCGAUGAAACACCAAUGGCUUCACGUACGCCAGGUGCUGAAACGCCGCAUCAUUCAGCAACACCGUCAAAUAAACGCAACCGAUGGGACGAAACACCACGCACCGAACGUGAAACAACGAAUUCCGGUUGGGCAGAAACGCCUAGAACGGAUCGUGGUGGUAUGGAUGAUUCCGAUUAUAUUAUGGGAGCAACUCCUACACCGGGUGAUAAACGUCGUUCACGUUGGGAUGAAACACCAGCAAAUGCAACCACAACAAAUGGAGGCGGUUUUACACCAUUAGCGAAAGAAAUAGGUGUUGCGUCAACUCCGCGUACCGCCAGCGGUUUUACACCAGGCAUGACACCAAUCAUAGCAACACCUGUCGGCGCACGCGCUGCUAAUAUGGCUACGCCAAUAGUUAAUCAAGUUCCAAUGACACCGGAGCAGAUGCAAGCUUAUCGUUGGGAACGUGAAAUCGAUGAACGUAAUCGUCCACUAUCAGAUGAAGAACUCGAUGCUAUGUUUCCACCAGGAUACAAAGUUUUGCCACCACCGGCAUCCUAUGUACCUAUUCGAACACCAGCACGAAAAUUAAUGGCAACACCCACACCACAAUCGACGAUGUCUGGUUUUCACAUUCAAGAAUCGGCUCAUGGACAAGCUGCUCAAUCGAACCAAUUGCAAGAAUAUCAACCGUCAGGAAAUUUACCUCUCUUAAAACCAGAUGAUCUACAAUAUUUCGAUAAACUAUUACAAGAAGUCGAUGAAGAAGCUUUGACGCCUGAAGAACAAAAGGAACGUAAAAUUAUGAAACUAUUAUUAAAAAUUAAAAAUGGUACACCGCCUAUGCGUAAAGCAGCACUACGACAGAUCACUGAUAAAGCACGUGAAUUUGGUGCUGGUCCACUAUUUAAUCAGAUCUUACCAUUGCUAAUGUCGCCAACAUUAGAAGAUCAAGAACGUCAUUUACUUGUAAAAGUUAUCGAUCGUAUUCUCUAUAAACUUGAUGAUCUUGUUCGUCCCUAUGUUCACAAGAUAUGCGUCGUUAUCGAGCCAUUGUUGAUUGAUGAAGAUUAUUAUGCACGUGUCGAAGGUCGUGAAAUUAUAUCAAAUUUAGCUAAAGCUGCUGGUUUGGCGACAAUGAUUUCCACAAUGCGACCUGAUAUUGAUAACUUGGAUGAAUAUGUACGUAAUACAACUGCUCGUGCGUUUGCUGUCGUUGCAUCAGCGCUCGGUAUCCCAGCUUUAUUACCAUUUUUAAAAGCUGUUUGUAAAAGUAAAAAAUCUUGGCAAGCAAGACAUACGGGUAUAAAGAUCAUCCAACAAAUCGCUAUUCUUCUCGGUUGUGCCAUUUUACCACAUUUGAAAUCUUUGGUGGAAAUUAUCGAACAUGGUCUCGUCGAUGAACAACAAAAAGUUCGAACAAUUACUGCUCUGGGUAUCGCCGCGUUGGCAGAGGCAGCUGCACCUUACGGUAUCGAAUCUUUUGAUACUGUACUCAAACCGUUAUGGGCUGGUAUUAAGGAACAUCGUGGCAAAGGUCUGGCUGCUUUUCUCAAAGCCAUUGGUUAUUUGAUUCCGUUGAUGGAUGCCGAAUAUGCUGGUUACUAUACCCGUGAAGUAAUGCUUAUCCUAAUCCGUGAAUUUCAAUCUCCCGAUGAAGAAAUGAAGAAGAUUGUUCUCAAAGUCGUUAAACAAUGUACAGCAACGGAUGGUGUCGAAGCAAAAUAUAUUAAAGAAGAAGUUCUGCCAGCCUUCUUUCGAUACUUCUGGAAUCAACGUAUGGCGCUCGAUCGUCGUAAUUAUCGGCAGCUAGUCGAUACCACUGUCGAAAUGGCCAAUAAAGUUGGCUCAUCAGAAAUUAUCAAUCGUAUUGUGGAUGAUUUAAAGGAUGAAUCCGAACAAUACCGUAAAAUGGUUAUUGAAACGAUCGAAAAGAUCAUGACAAAUCUGGGUUCUGCUGAUAUCGAUUCACGUUUAGAAGAACAAUUAAUUGAUGGUAUACUUUACGCGUUUCAAGAACAAACAACCGAAGAUGCUGUGAUGUUGAAUGGAUUCGGUGCCGUGGUCAAUUCGUUAGGAAAACGUUGCAAAGCAUAUCUACCUCAAAUGUGUGGUACAAUUCUCUGGCGUUUGAAUAAUAAAGCAGCUAAAGUUAGACAACAGGCCGCUGAUCUUAUUCAGAAAAUAGCGAAUGUUAUGAAACUAUGCUCCGAAGAAAAACUAAUGGGACAAUUAGGUCUCGUCUUAUAUGAAUAUCUAGGUGAAGAGUAUCCGGAAGUUUUAGGAAGUAUUCUUGGAGCAUUAAAAGGAAUUGUGAAUGUGAUUGGUAUGACUAAUAUGACACCACCGAUCAAAGACUUAUUACCCCGAUUAACACCCAUUCUGAAAAACAGACAUGAAAAAGUUCAAGAAAAUUGUAUUGAUCUUGUCGGCCGUAUUGCUGAAUUAGGUGCUGAACAUGUUCCAGCUCGUGAAUGGAUGCGUAUUUGUUUUGAACUACUUGAACUGCUCAAAGCACAUAAGAAAUCAAUUCGUCGUGCUGCUAUCAACACAUUUGGUUACAUCGCUAAAGCCAUUGGUCCACAUGAUGUCCUUGCAACAUUAUUAAACAAUUUGAAAGUCCAAGAACGUCAACUACGUGUUUGUACAACUGUUGCCAUUGCUAUUGUCUCAGAAACAUGUUCACCGUUCACUGUCCUACCCGGUCUCAUGAAUGAAUAUCGUGUGCCGGAAUUGAAUGUUCAAAAUGGUGUUUUGAAAGCACUGGCAUUUAUGUUUGAAUACAUUGGCGAGAUGUCCAAGGAUUACAUCUAUGCUGUAACACCUUUAUUGGAAGAUGCAAUGAUGGACAGAGAUUUAGUUCAUCGGCAAACCGCGAUGACUGCCAUUGGACACAUGUCACUAGGUGUAUUCGGUUUCGGAUGUGAAGAUGCUUUAUGUCAUUUAUUAAAUCAUGUUUGGCCAAAUAUCUUCGAAACAAGUCCUCAUGUUAUUCAAGCAUUCAUUUCAGCUAUCGAAGGUAUACGCGUGGGUCUUGGCCCAUGUCGAAUUCUGUAUUAUACAUUACAAGGCCUAUUUCAUCCCGCUCGUCGUGUGCGUGAUGUAUACUGGAAAGUUUACAACACCAUUUAUAUCGGUGCACAAGAUUCCCUAGUAGCUGCGUAUCCACGUAUUGUAGAUGAUAGUAUUCAUUCAACCAUCGAAGGAGAUGAAAUACCUCAAAAGCGUACGAAAAAACUACGCAAUGAUUAUGCUCGAUAUGAACUUGAUUACAUUCUUUAA